UCUGUAGCUGUGCAGAUUAUUCCAGCAUCUGUACAGCCGGCUACUCCAACCACUAUUAAAGUCAUCAACAGCAGUGCAAAGACAGCAAAAGUGCAGAGAGCACCAAGGAUUUCUGGAGAAGAUAGAAGUUCACCUGGGAACAGAACAGGAAACAAUGGCCAGAUCCAACUCUGGCAAUUUUUGCUUGAGCUUCUGACUGACAAAGAUGCUCGAGACUGCAUUUCAUGGGUUGGUGAUGAAGGAGAGUUCAAACUAAAUCAACCAGAACUAGUUGCACAGAAAUGGGGACAACGUAAAAAUAAGCCUACUAUGAACUAUGAGAAACUCAGCCGUGCUUUACGGUAUUACUACGAUGGAGACAUGAUCUGCAAAGUGCAAGGCAAGAGGUUUGUAUACAAAUUUGUCUGUGACUUGAAGACUCUCAUUGGGUACAGCGCAGCAGAGUUGAACCGGUUGGUCACAGAGUGUGAACAAAAGAAACUGGCCAAGAUGCAACUCCAUGGUAUUGCACAGCCCGUCACAGCAGUUGCACUGGCUACGGCAUCUCUGCAAACAGAAAAAGAUAACUGAGUACCAGGACCUAAAAGCUUGGGAGCAUGAGGCCUUUCUUGUAUAUCGAGCAGUUUCUGGUCCUAAAAUGGGAGCUACUUCAUUCCUUGGCAGUUCAAUAUGAUGCAUGGUUUUUCUACGGAGAACUGAGACUCCCAUAAAUUUGGAUCUUUUUCACGUAAAGGUAUAUAUUUCAUGUAUGUUAAAGGCACUCCAGAUUCUUCAGCAUGAAGACAGACAUGAUGUGACAAGUUGCUGGAUCGGUAAGAGAGCUCAAAAUUGGUUGGUGCCAUGUUAUGCCAUACUCACAAUUUGUCCAGCGUUUUGAGAAAUUGAAGCAUAUUUACACGAUGUGAACCUGUCAAUAUUCUGAAUUUAGUUCUCUGCACUUCCAUUUCUAAGCUACCAAAUUAAAAGUAAUGUAUUUCCAGAGGUAAGGCAGCUACUCUUAACCAUGCUCAUUAUCUAAGCAUGUCAGGCUGUAAAAAACACACUGAAAAGUACCGUGCUCCUAAGAUGAUUUCUCAUCGCAAAAGAAGUGUACUAUAGGCAGAAUUGGGAGAUCACUGCUAAAGAGAAAUCCAAAUUUAAGUCCAGCAAGGUCAAAAACCAAUUAUGAGUAUUUUGAUAAAAUAUGUAGAUAACGUGUAUUUGAGGGAAAGUGCUCAACUAUCUUGAGAGACAUUGCUAAGCUUAAUGUCUGGCACAAAAAAAGUUUUCCACAUUUUUCCUAUUACGAGAUUAAAAACUUGAAAUGCUGUCUCUCAUCCAAAGAAUAGGUUUUGCUUUGUUUUAAUCUACACUGCAGAGUAUAUCAGCUGAUUCUGCGUAUACUUGCAGUGUAGCUGACUUUGAUCUGAAGACUUAAGUUAAUCACAGAGAGAAGCCCCUACCUGUUGAGAAAUAAAAUGUAAUCUGCAGGUAAAUUGAUAAGAAAAGAAGUUUGACUUCUCAAUGUUAUAUAGACCUCUGUAUUAAGAUACAGAAAAAUGCAGUUUUCUUUAAAUUCCUUAAAUUUCCAAGUUGUUGUUAUGAUGCUUUGGAAAGAAAAGGGUGUGUAUCACUCAUAGUUAAUUAACAUUUUUAAAAAGAUAACCAAAUUAAAUCUAGAUAAGCUUAUGCUAUUUUUCUUUGCCUUCCCUUUGUUUGGUAUAAAUAUCCCUUUGUUCUGAAUGUAGGCUUUUUGUUGAAUCAUCACAAUUAAAAGAACAAACUCGUCUGAAGUUGUGGUUUCACUUAACAAUCAGUGAAAGUGCAGAUGUUAAACAGGGCCUUCAUCUGUAAGAGCAAAUCACUCAGAGCUGAAAAACAGGCUUACGGUAAAAAGCACUGAACAUAAAAUGUAGCUUAGUCUUGGGAAUGUAAGAUAGUAGCUGUAGUUGCAGCUCGACUCAUUUGCUUAUUUUCAGACUGCUUAGAAACGUAGAAGAUAUUCUGGUAUUUAAACAUCAUUAGGCAAAGAAAGUGUUUAAACCUUUGGGUGACAUUUAAUGUUUCUGAUGGCCGGUUAAGUCCAUUGACUCCAGUGGGACUUGUAUUUAACAUUACAGGAUUGCAGUUUAAGUUACACUAAUAUUUUAUGCUGUUAGUCAAGCUGGUUAAGAAUAUGUUUUCUCUCAAAGUCUGAAUGAUAAUUAUGUUAAGAGGAAAAAACCCACUUUAAUCAUAUAUCAAGACUUUGAACUCCUAUGCAUCACUGGAGCCAUUAGUCCAUAGCUGGGGUGGGAAGGGGAGGGGAGAGAAGCUGCAUUCCUAAAAAUAUGGGUUUGGACAUUUUAUGUAGUGCUAAGGAAGACAAGCAACAUAACUUCCAUUACUAGUUCAUAUGCAUCUCUUUAAGAUGUGUUUGAAGUGUACAGGCAUCUAAUUUUUCCCUGUAAAAGAAGGCAGCCGGUAAACCUUGGGAUAGAAAAGGGUGACCACAAAUUACAUAUAUUAAUGCUGUCAUAAAUAUACUCUCAGCUAUGCACAUAAUUGCACAUAACAGAAUAAGCCAUAUUAGUAAACAUGGCACAUGGCCUUUUAUUAUAUAUACAUUGGAUUUGUUUUCUGAAUUUUAAAAUUUCAUUAUACUUCGUUUGUAAGUUUGCUGCACUUCUUGCAAUAUUUUCCCCAUGUAUAGAGUACUGAUGUGUUUUAAAAACAGUACAUACGUGUCAGAUUUAUUGUGGGGACAAUCUGUGACUAAUCGAGGUCUUCAGUAAGGUAUGGAUUAUUGUAUGUCAAAUAGCAUUGUGUGGCUGUCAGAAGAAAAAUAUAGAAGGUAUAUUCCCAAUUUUUUGUAAAAUGGAGGGGGUUUUGCAUACAUUUUUACUCUUUAAGGACACAUAUUCUGCUAAUUAUGUAUUUCUUUUGUGUUGAAUUUUACAUAAAACAAUUAUUUUCUAUUUUUACUCUAAAAUAUUUGUGCAUAAAAUUGUCAAUAUAGUAAAGAAAAUAAAAUUUUACACAACAAAA